AUGGAAGAAUCAUCACCACCAUCAGUAAGAAGAUUACAAGAGAAUUUUGAAGGACCAAAAAAAACAUCACCAACAACAUCACCAGCACCAACACGUUUAAAUAAUAGCGCAGGUAAUGUUAAAUUUGAUAAUGACACUAGUUCAAUUUCAAAACAAAAGAGUCAACAAACUGUUGAGAAAUUUUUAAAAGAAGAAGUUUUACCAAAAGGUCAUGCACCAGGUAGCGCACACAAAUCAGCAAUUGGUAAGCCACCACCAAACGAACUCGAUAACAGAGCAAAAGCUGUACCAAAAUUCAGUGGUAACUCUCAUCCAGUAUAUGGCCUUAUGUUAGCUGGUAAACAACACGAAACCAGUACUACUAAAAAGAAAAUUGUUAUACCCCCAUCAUCAGCCUAUUAA